AUGACUGCGGAAGGCAUGCGUGCCAACCGACGAACGACAUAUCAAAACAUGCAAGAGAUCGUCAUGCUGGCAAAGAAGUACUCGCCAAAGCUAGUUAAAGGAUACAGCGCAGGAAACAUUUCGGUUGUGGAUAAGAAAAGCUGGCUGGAAGUCUGCGAUCGCAAACAUCGGUACGGUGCGAAUCUGCGUGCGUAUUAUAAAGAGUGGAAGCGUCAGCCAAUGGAACCUACAAAGCCUAGCUUCUGGGAAUGGCUUGACGAUGAAUCAAUCGAAGUUGCUGGUGUGCCAAGAACGAAGCUCGAGCGUGAGACCGUGUUGUACUGUGACACGGCUGCCGAACGUCAGAAAUUUGCACUUUCAGUGCAAACCGGUUUGGUAGUUCAUGUCGCGACUCAAGAAGUUGUGGAAACGGGACCGGACGGAUGGAUUUUUGUUUUGCGAGACGGUGUAUUAUACGGCUCUCAAAAGGAGACAAAGAAAAUUCCUCGAAUUCAUCAUACUAGCUUUGUUGGAGGCGAGUGCGUGCAGACUGCAGAAUAUGAGCUCCUGGUGUUGCUGCGCUUCCUUGUGAACAGUGGUGUAGACCUGAGCGACGUCGACGUCGACGUACAGCGAAUUCAGAAAGUGUACCGCCAGUCUGUAAACGGUGCACUUGUCAAAAAACUAGACAAUGCGCACUUCUUGAACGCGUACCGUGUUUGGUAUUUUUUGGAGCAGAAGCAUGUCGCGUGGAAAGUUGGACUUUUUGAUGAAUUAGUCGAAACUGUUGGACGGAAGUCAGAUAUGCACUUAGUGCUUGAGCGGUCUGAAAUUCUGGCUGAUAAUAUUGUCGAUGAUACAAACCGUGAGUCGUCUGGGUUUUCAUUUUCAGAUGGGGAAUAUCAUCCUCUCUCUGUCUUGCUCCCUGCCCUAAUUGUGUUGUAUUCGGCGAAGAGGCGUAACUUUCAACAGAGGAUUGUUAAAACCUUUGGCACUCCAGUUCUCAGCCAAAUCCACGUGUCUUGCUACGUCAAUGGUGCUAAUCGUGCGACGUCGGAAUUUGUGGCCCUACCGCAACAUCACUGCGUUAGGCUUUCUGAAAAAGUCUCAGGAGGUAACGCGAGUACAAGUUCACAAGCGAACGCUUUGCCCCCAAAGGGCAACACUAUGAAGUCUUUGGUGGAAUGGAAAUUUCAUUCUGUAUUUACGUCAGACUCACCGUCACAUUCAGUUGACUUUUUUACUGAGAUCACGUUACCAGCUCUCCGAACUGCACAGGAUGGGAUCAAUUCCAAUAUUAUUGGGUGGGGUGUGCAUCCAACGCAAAAGUAUCAACUGCUUUUCGGUAAAAACAAUAAUGAAGAACGCCUUGUGCUGCAGCCGAAUUCGGCAGUCAAUGAUAUUGUAGAGGUCUAUGGACAGCUCGUGGGCCUGCUUUACGUUUUCUUUUCUCAUUUAGAUCUUGGCAAGCCUCCGGAAACAGGAGCUGAAUUUUGGCGACUUGGGAUUAGCAGCUGGAUUAUUGUAAAUAAUCAAACAAUCGACUUGCUAGAGUCUGUUGAUCUAGCAAGAACGAAUACUUCAGGUGAUCGCAUGGAUUUUGUUUCUCUGGAGGCUCCGUCUUUGGCUGCUGCACUUCGUAUUGUGCACACAGCCAAGACGAAUCAUAUUGUGCGCAAGCAAAAUGCAAAUGAUGCCCAUUUCUUCGUUCGCUUGGCUUUAUUCUAUAACGGCCAGGUAAGCACUGUCCACCUCGUCGAUCUUGUUGACCAAAAAGAUCAUCACGACCAAAUUUUGAUAAACGAAAGAAAUGAGCUUUACAACAUGUUAAAGGAAUUGAAAUUGUCUACGCCUUCUUCAAGACUGAACAGCAAACGCACUUUGGUUUCUUUACUUAAUUUGACCAGCAAAAUGAUGCUGUCAAACUUCAUGAUGCCGUUACUAAACGCGAAUGCGAAGACAUUUCUGUACGCUUAUAUCAUUGACUCACGUUCCAGUUUACGAGAAUGUGUUCGGCUGCUCAAUGCAGUAUCUGGCUUAAAAGGCUAUAAAUGUGUCUGCAAGCCCAUUCGGGGCGUAUCAUAUGACCAGUUGUGCUUUAAAGCAUGUCUGACCGACUUAGAAGAAGGCUUGCAAGGCAGUAACAACGACUAUGAUUUAAGUGUGUCAAGUAAUCGCUCGAUGAUGUCGUCGCAGUACAAGAAGGUAACUUCGUCCCCGGGACUAGAUGGACAUGUGGAGAGCAUAAAUUCAGUUCAACAUCAAACAGUGCCGAUUUCUUUGAACGAAACAGAAGCAUUGAACUGGUUGAAGACCUUCGCCUCACGAAAGCAAGACAUUCUUAGUGGCUCAGUUGACACUUUCGAUGCAAUUAUAUCUGCUCUUCGCGUUUCUGAACAAAUCUCACCAGACUUAGCAUUACCUUCUUUUCGUAAAAAACAAAGAAAGAAUGGAUCACUUCAGCAUAACUUUGCCAAGUCUCGACCUCGGCCGACUAUUUCUGAUUUAUAUGAGCGAUUGCGCGAGUCCCUGGAAGAUGUCGAAGAGAUUAAAGCAUGCAGUGAACGAAAUCCAUGCGAAUUAGACAACGUGCUUCAUUCCCAGCUCUCUCAAUGCAAAACAACACCCGAGUUGCAUACACCACUUCCACUUAUUGUUCAAAAUCCAACUCCAAAUGAUUUCGCUCAGAUUCAACACAACGAGAGUGUGAGUGAAAGGACCGCAGACCCCCAAGCCCAGCAAACGAAGCAUCAGUUGGACGAGGAGUUAACGCAUUUGAUACAUCAUGCAGCUAAAAAUUGCUUUGCGUCGGAGAUGCCUUUUCUUGUUGAGGAGUCGUACGACAAAUCACGAUCCAAACAAAAUGUAGUGGAAGCUACAGUGUUACUGAUACCAGAAACUUCUGCGGAUGAUGAUGAUGCUGCACCGAAAAAUACUUUUGAAUCAUCCAAUCUUGACAGUGUGACUUUGAAAUUAUUGAGAAAGGCUGGUGUACCUCCAUGCGCCAUGGGAGCUCCGGUCGUUGACGGUCUGGAUGUCAAAACGGCAAAAAAAGUUCAAGCUGCAGAUGCGAAUUUAUUGCGCAAGAACUACGAUGCUUUACUUUCAAUUGUACGAGAACAACAACAAUUGAAAGAUGCAGCGGAAUCUCGAUUGGCGGAAACGCUUCAAGAUCAGCAAGAGAUGCGUGCAACAUUUGAAAUACAGAUUGAAAGCAUGAAACUUAAAAAUCUUGAUCUUAGGAGCAAAGUGCGUGCUUUGGAAAACCACACGUCAGUUCCACAAUUAUUUGAGCAGUACGAACAUGAGAUCAGCAAUCUUCAUGCUCAGAUACAGGAAUUGCAAGCUCAAAAUGUCGCCUUGGAGCUUCGGAUGAGCGAUGAUGGAAGUGAGAUGAGAUCAACUAUUUCUUCGCCUGGACUGAAAAAGAGAUAUCGAAAUUCGGUCGCAGAAAAUCGAAAACUAAAGCGAGAGUUAUUGGAAUGUCGAAAAAGGGAACGGCAUCACCAAGUGCACAGUCGCCUAGCAGGCGAGUCUACAAGGCGUGUGGAUCAGCUCUCGCGAGAUUUAAGCGUCAAAGAGGAAAUCUUGAUUGCUACUCGACUGAGCAAACAGCGGCUUAGUACAGAAAUAAACCAGUACCGUGAAAUGGCAGAUAAAUUGAAUCAUGAAAAUGAAAAGCUUUUGCAAGAAAAGGCAGCUACGCUAGAAGAGCUUGGUGCGGCUAGGAUGUAUUUUGCCUCGCUUGAAAACGAAAAGAAGAAGGUGGCAAUCCUUGAUCAAUUUGUAAAGAAGCACGGCGAUCGCAUGACUCAAGAUCGUCACUCCAAACUUUUGAGCAAAAGUGAGGACUGGCGGCGCGACCAGAGUGCACAUGAAUGCGAAAACAAGCUGCUUGCGGCAAUCACACGAUUCCUUCCACAAGCCCUCCCGUUAUGCAAUAAGUUACUACGUCGUCUGAAGAUGCAAGAGCUGACAUUGCGUGAGUUUGCUGAACGUGAGGUAGAUUUAAUAAAUCUACUGGUUCUGCUGGUGUCAGACCAACCCGCUAACGCCCUUCAGCAAAUGAUAGAGCAAGAAAUGAACAUGCUUCAGAGUGAGCGUCGUGUUGAGCAAUGA